GUUUAGAUUUUAGGUUAGCGCCAAUGUCAUUCAAUAUUUGAUUUUGACUUGACGGACUGACGUAUGUUGUGUCGUGGAGCAGCUGUCGUAUUAUAUUAUCAAAACACUGCUUUUAGUGAAAUAUUCUAGACUUGCGCCUGAGCGCUCCUAAUUAGGGUGUGCUGUGAUUUGCUUGUACUUAAAAACUAAAUAUCAAAAUGGAAUUAACCUUUAAGGGAAAAAGAAUUUUAGUAACCGGCGCUGGACAAGGUAUUGGAAAGGGUAUAGCGAUAGAAUUAUGGCGUGCGGGAGCUAACAUAGUUGCAGUAUCGCGAACUAGAGCUCAUUUGGAUAAGCUGCAAGGAGAAUAUCCGUCCAUUGACAUCGUGGAGUUGGACAUCGCCGAUUGGGAAAAAACUAGAACGGUUAUAGAUUCUCUUGGUCCUUUUGAUGCUCUGGUUAACAAUGCCGCUAUUGCUAUAUGCGAGCCAUUCUUAGAAUGCUCCCCAAAGGAUUUCGACAAGACAUUCGAUGUAAAUGUAAAAGCUGUACUCAAUGUUAGCCAAAUAGUUGCAAAGAAAAUGAUUGAAAAUAACAUCCACGGAAGCAUUGUUAAUAUUUCAUCCCAGGCCUCUAAGGCUGCCCUAAAAGAUCAUGCAAUCUACAGUGCCUCAAAAGCUGCUCUAGAUGCUCUUACCAGAGCCAUGGCCCUGGAACUGGGUCCCAAGGGAAUCCGAGUGAAUGCAGUCAACCCAACGGUCAUCAUGACUGACAUGGCUAAAGUGGGUUGGUCGGACCCUGCUAAAGCAGCUGAAAUGAAAUCCAAGAUUCCGUUGGGAAGAUUUGGUGAAGUGGCAGAAGUAGUAAAUGCAGUAGUGUUUCUCCUAAGUGACAGGUCCAGUAUGAUAAACGGUGUUGAAUUGCCUAUUGACGGUGGGUUCUUGGCCACAUAAGCCCUAAUAACAUAUCCAGUUUGCAGCCAGAUAAUUACAUAGAUUAGGUACCAAAGAUAUACCUAUUAAGCAAAUAUAAAUAUUUUAUAAUUGUUGCCAUAUUGCAUUGUUUCCUAAAGGCUUGUGAUAAUCAACUAAAGAAGAAAUCAUACAUUAUGCUAAUCAUACAAAUAAGUUUUGGACUAGCAAUUAUGUAGGCAAAUACCAAAUUUAUUUCAUAACUUAAUUUGAAAUUGCUUAUCUUAUGAAUCUUAUGAUGUUAUGAAUACACCUCAAUCAUAUCAUUUGACAUAAGAAUUAACUGUGAAUUAUUUUUCUUCAGUAGCUGACAUACUUGUAUAACUUUUGUAUAGUAUAAAUACGAAUGUACCUAAUGUAUGUUCUAAUGACGAAAAAUAUAUCUGUCAGAUAUAAUGUUUUGUGUUAAAUCUAACUUCCUAGUUUCCUACUUUACUUGUACAUUGAUUUUGUAUUGACUAAAGUGCCUGUCACAAUUUAAAGAUCUUACGAGUAUAAUACUUGCCAAUAGCUAAAAUAAUAUGAAUAAUUAUCAUAUAAAAGUAGGCAUAAUACAUAUAUAAUAUGUAUAAGCAAUAAAUGUGUGAAUCAAGUAUCGACAAACUGACUGGGACAACAGUACAGAGCAAAAUAGUUGAUCCAUUCUCAUUAUAUAAUAUUAUUAGUCUUAAAUGUGCAAGCAAGGGACUAUUUAGUUAGCAAUUGAGGAAGCGCAAUCAUUGUAAUUUGUACCUAUAGCUUCUUUGAAAUUCGUUUUUGAACUGUUUGUUUUUUAUCUUUAUACUUUUUAAAUAACCAAAUAACAAGCAAUAAUAAACAACAUGUGUGUAACUUCGUUUAUGAUAACCAGAUUAAAUUAACAUCAAUCUCUGUAUUCAAAAUAGGUAAUAAUUUUAAGACCUAUUGUAUUUUGUGUUCAGUGACUAAACUUAGGUAACCGAAAGGUUUAAAGACAGGUAUUCGACACCGAUUGUUCAAUUAUAACAUCGUAUAACAUUGAUUAUAAUUUUGAUAAUAAAUCCA